UUAAAAAAACAUGACUGUAACACGUAUUUUAAAAGAAAUAAGUACAAAUUUUAUUAACUUCACAGAUCAUGGUUUUAUGUAUGGACCUCAAGGUAGAAUGUUAUUAAGAAACCUUGAAGAACAUUGGUUUUUACAUUGCAUUACAAUGUCAUUAUAUAAUAUAUUCUUGUCAGAAAAGUCUACUAGCACCCUAAAUUUGUUAACUAAAAGUCCAAUAGGUGAAAUUCCAUUUGGAUUAGCUACACUAAAAGAUUCAAACAAUUCUUGGAAUAAAAGUAUUCAACCAAUGGAUAUUGAGGUAGAAAAUCACAAAAUUGCAGAAGUAGCUAUUUUUCACAAUAAUACAGAAGCUAAAGACUCAUAUCAUAAACUGCAGAAGGAACGUAAAAUUUGGUGGCGUAAAUUAGCUCAGUAUCCUUCUAGAUUCAAAAUUACAGAACCAAAGAAAACAGAAAAUUUUGAUUUCAUCGACAUAGAAGGACAAUUUCCAUUUGGUACCAUUACAGUGGAAAGAAUAACUUACCAUACUAACAUUCAAAAUUUAUUGCAGCAGAUUGAUAUUAAAAAAGGUCUUGCCGACAUACAAAUGGUCGAACAUGUAGUGUCUCUAGAUUGGGGUUGCUUAGCAUUACUUUGUGAUGCUUAUGACAUAAAUGAAACAGCUAAAAUGCAUAUACAUCCUAAACUAGCACCACACAAAGUCGCGAUUCAUAUAAAAAAGUCGAAGAAUGAAGCCACUGUUGGGAACGAUGAUUUAAAUCGCUUUGUACUUUACUUAAAUAAUAUGCUAAGAAAAAAGGGCCUGAAUACUAUAUUAACCAGUUCAGAAGAAGUUGUAAAUAUGUGCUUGGUCCCCUUUAUAGUUUUAGUUGACAGGACUAGUCUUGAAAAUGGCAUUAUAUAUGUAACAAACAGAUCAACAACUCUCAGUCAAGCAAUUCACAUAACUGAUUUAGUAAAAUAUAUCAUAAUGCAUUGUUAACCAAUCAAUAUGGUUGAAUAUUUUGUAUUAAUAAAACUUUUGUAUUGAGCUUUUAAAAUAUAUUAU